AUGGUUAGAAAGACACUUUACUUCAUUGCGACGAUUGCAAGCAUUACAGCAGCAGCAACAGAUGGCGGAUUCUUCAUUACACAAGAUGUACUACAGAGGAUGGCCGGAGCAGGCCCUGUGAGUGGAGUUUACACUCUGCAACAGGCAAGCAAUGGCGAGCUUCUUGUCAGCAAAGACGAGGCAGUAUCUGUUAUACAGAAUGAAGGAAUGAUAGACUUUGUAACAAGCAAUCCAUCUGCAGUGCCUAUGUACGCACCCAGUCCGACUGAGAUUCAAUAUGCAACACAAAGUGUGAACUGGACAGAAAAGGUGAAUCAAUAUGAAAGUCAGAACCCAAGUACAAGCACGUUUGUGCCAAUUGUUGCGCCUGUGGGUGAGAAGGAAGGUGCUGCAACAAAGCCGAUUGCAACAGCCGAUGCGAAGAAGGCAGUUGCUGACAAGAAGAGUGCUGUAGAUACAAAGAAGAAGGGAGUGAAGAGUGGUAUAGCUCUUGGUGCGCUUGGUGCAAUGGCUGUGUUCUCCAUGAUGCUGUAA